AUGCCGGGGGAGACGGAAGAGCCGCGACCCCCGGAGCGGCAGGACCAGGGAGGGGGGCCGGCGGCGGCGGAGCCCCAGCCACAGCCCCCUGAGGCGGCGGCGGCGGCGGCGCCCGCGGGGCCCCCCAGCAGCCGCGUGCUGAGGGGAGGCCGGGACCGGGGCCGCGCCGCCGCGGCCGCCGCCGCCGCCGUGUCCCGCCGGAGGAAGGCCGAGUACCCGCGCCGGCGGAGGAGCAGCCCCAGCGCCAGGCCCGCCGACGCCCCAGGGCAGCCGGCCCAGGCCGCGAAGCCGCCGUCCCCGGCCCAGGGCAAGAGGAGCCCGCGCCUGCUAUGCAUAGAAAAAGUAUCAACUGAGAAAGAUCCCAAGGAAGAGAAAGAGGAGGAAGAGUCUGCCCUCGCUCAUGAAGCUCCCGCCGCAGCAGCUCGGCCUAGUCGGGGCUGGCGCGGCAGCAGCCGCACGUCCGUCUCUCGGCAUCGCGAAGCAGAGAACACCCGCAGCUCUCGGUCCAAGACUGGUUCACUGCAGCUCAUCUGCAAGUCAGAGCCAAAUACAGAUCAGCUCGAUUGUGAUGCUGCAGAAGAGCAUCAGUCUCCAGGAGGCGUUAGCAGUGAUGAAGAAGAGGAGGAGGAAGAAGAGAUGUUGAUCAGUGAAGAAGAAAUACCGUUCAAAGAUGAUCCAAGAGAUGAGACCUACAAACCCCACUUAGAAAGGGAAGCCCCAAAGCCACGGAGAAAAUCAGGGAAGGUGAAAGAAGAGAAAGAGAAGAAAGAAAUAAAAGUGGAAGUCGAGGUGGAGGUGAAAGAAGAAGAGAAUGAAAUUAGGGACGACGAGGAGCCUCCUAGGAAGAGAGGAAGAAGGCGAAAAGAUGACAAAAGCCCACGAUUACCCAAAAGGAGAAAGAAGCCCCCCAUCCAGUACGUCCGCUGUGAGAUGGAAGGCUGCGGCACCGUGCUCGCCCACCCACGCUACCUGCAGCAUCACAUUAAAUACCAGCAUUUGCUGAAGAAGAAAUAUGUCUGUCCCCAUCCGUCCUGUGGACGACUCUUCAGGCUCCAGAAGCAACUUCUUCGACAUGCCAAACAUCAUACAGAUCAAAGAGAUUAUAUCUGUGAAUAUUGUGCUCGAGCCUUCAAGAGUUCCCACAACCUGGCAGUGCAUCGGAUGAUUCACACCGGCGAGAAGCCGCUCCAAUGCGAGAUCUGUGGAUUUACUUGUCGGCAAAAGGCAUCCCUUAACUGGCACAUGAAGAAACACGAUGCAGACUCCUUCUACCAAUUUUCUUGCAAUAUCUGCGGCAAAAAGUUUGAGAAGAAGGACAGUGUGGUGGCGCACAAAGCGAAGAGCCACCCUGAGGUGCUGAUCGCCGAGGCCCUGGCCGCCAACGCCGGCGCGCUCAUCACCAGCACAGACAUCCUGGGCACCAACCCCGAGGCCCUGAGCCCGCCCGCCGAUGGCCAGGGCCUGCCACUGCUUCCCGAGCCCCUGGGGACCCCCGCCCCCGGAGAGUGCCUGCUGCUGGAAGCGGAGGGCGUAUCCAAGUCCUUUUGCGGCGGGCCCGAACGGGUGAGCCUGGUGGCCGACGGCAAGCUCUUCGUGGGCGGCGGGGGCGGCGCGGGCGCAGACGGGCUGGUCAUGAACUCGGACAUCCUCGGUGCUACCGCAGAGGUCCUGAUCGAGGACUCGGACUCUGCGGGGCCGUAG